AUGAGGGCUGCCACAAGGCCUUUUCAGAUGUCAGUAGCCCCAUUCCUGUGCGCAAUGCUUUCUCCACCGAUAUCCGGUGCCUGUGAGCGGAGCUUUUGCCGCAAAACCACUUUGACGAAGCAUCAGCAUCGUUCGCACCGGCCUGGCGCGACGACUCAGCCAUCCUCCGGGGAGGCAACGCCAGAGGGAACGACAUACCAGACUCCUGUGGUUACCUCGAUAUCAUCAAAUCAGUAUAUCUUGGCGCAGCAACCAUUCUAUCCCCAGCCGCCAACUCCAAACCACGACUUUUACCCACCGCAGCAGGCUGUCUCUGUCGCUCAGGUCCCAGUUCCCGAACCACAACCCAUCGUCCCUCAGAAUGUCCCAGCUGCUGCUCCUCCUCCCCCGCCACCACCUCCGAUGGAUCCGCAGCAAUAUGCACAACUGAUGCAGCCGCGUUAUGACCCGAGCCAACGACCAAACUACAUCCCAGCAGAAUUUCAGCAGCCGCCGCCGCCGCCCUACCCCGGUCAUCAUCCCAUGGCAGCAGAUGGCCAACCCAUCAUGGUCACAUAUCAACCCGAGUUCCAAUAUAAGCCGGCCGCUCGGAUCCUAAAUCAACCAGAAGGAACCGACUGGGGCUUCCUCGGGUUGGGUUAA